GAGUGGCAUCCAGAGAUGGCCCAGAAACACCUGGGACACGUGCUCCUGCGCGUGCGCAGCAGCACCCCAGCCACCAGCCUGAUUGGCUGCGUCUCUGUCGCGGAAUGUAAUUACGCACGCACACUUUAUCGCACGAGCUCGCGUGCGUGUUGCUCUUCAGCUUCCAGUCUCUCCGGAAGAAUCGCAGCUUCUCAUCCCGGUCCUCAAUGUUUCCGGAACUCAAUAACCUCCUCAACACCACUCCUGACAGGACCGAGCAGGCCUCCCAGGAUCGUGUACUCCGCGAGGUCCUGGUCCCAGACGAUGUUGCAGAACAGGCCCGAGAGGAGAAAAUUCGAUACUCCUACAUCCUUUUGGGACCACCAUCUUGCCUACCCCGAGUCUCCCUCUGCCUCAGAACAUUCGGGGACACUGACUCUACUCUGUGAUGCUAAGACAGAUGGCAGCUUCCUUGUACAUCACUUCCUCUCCUUCUACCUCAAAGCUAAUUGUAAAGUCUGCUUUGUGGCACUCAUCCAGUCCUUCAGUCACUACAAUAUUGUGGGACAGAAGCUGGGUGUCAGCCUGUCCACAGCACGGGAACGUGGACAACUUGUGUUUCUGGAAGGCCUCAAGUCCUCAAUAGACAUCUUCUUCCAGACUCAGGAGGAGCCGCACCCCUUGCAGUUUUUCAGGGAGGCCAAUGGAGGGAACCUGCAGUCACUGUAUGAGUUUGUGCGGGAUGCCUUGAAGCCCAGGGACAGUGAGGAGACCAUGUGGAGGUACCCAGUGCUGUUGGUGGACAACCUCAGUGUGCUGCUAAGCCUGGGUGUGGGGGCCGUCACCGUGCUGGACUUCAUCCAGUACUGCAGAGCUGCUGUGUGCUGUGAACUGAAGGGAAACAUUGUAGCCCUUGUGCAUGACAGUGGAGAUGCUGAGGAUGAGGAGAAUGACAUCCUGCUGAAUGGCCUCAGUCAUCAGAGCCACCUGAUCCUGCGGGCUGAGGGCCUGGCCACUGGCUUCUGCAAGGAUGUGCAUGGGCAGCUGAGGAUCCUCUGGAGGAGGCCAUUGCAGCCCACAGCCCAGCGAGAUCGAAGCCUCACUUACCAGUACAAGAUACAGGAUAAGAACGUGUUCUUUUUUGCCAAAGGAAUGUCUCCUGCUGUUCUAUGACCUGAUUUGGGGGCAGCUAAAGCUACUCUUGACUGUUUUUGGAUACAGAAGAUAAAACAUGAAUGGGCCUUCAGACCUUUGUAAGACUAUUUCAGGCUGGACUGGCAACUCCACUGACCAGAUGGGUUGAAUGGUGCUAUGGAGAUGUGUGUGUGUGUGCCUUUUUUUCUCUGGGCCCUGCUCAGAAACAGGGAGGCAUCUACAUAUCACCUCUGCUCUGAGAGGUUAGAUGAUGAACCCCAGCUGAAGGGGACCUUUGGAGCAUCCCAUGAAACUGCUUUAGCCUCACUUACCCAUUUUUGGUGGUUGUGCCUUUCAGAGCCAGAGUGAGUAGAAUGGACCAGUCAGGAAACUGUCCUGGAUGGCAGGCAUCCAGGCUGACAACUAAGAUAAUGAUGGCUGGAAUAAAGAAUGUUCGCAUGCUA